AGGUGUACAUUUGCAAUGGUCCACGCCCCUAGAAACAGCUUCCUCGCUCCUGGCGUCAGCCGUUACAGCCGUUCUUCCGUGUACGCCAAGAAGGCUUUGCACAAGCGUCAGAAGAAGGCUGUCGCUGCUCCUUCCAAGGAAACCGCUGCCGAAAAGUCCGUUGAAGUCAAGGGUGCCAAGAACGGUGGCAAGCGUACCAUUCCCGCCCAGAAGGCUCCUCGCUUCUACCCUGCUGAGGAUGUUCCCCAGCCCAAGCUCUCUCGCAAGUCCGCCAAGGCUGUCCCUCUUCGUUCCACCAUCACCCCCGGUACCGUUUUGAUCUUGUUGGCCGGUCGCUUCCGCGGCAAGCGUGUUGUCUUCUUGAAGCAAUUGGACAGCGGUCUUUUGUUGGUCACUGGUCCUUUCAAGGUUAACGGUGUUCCUUUGCGCCGUGUUAACCAGGCCUAUGUCAUUGCCACCUCCACCAAGAUUGACCUUUCCUCCGUCAAGGUUGAUGACAAGUUGAGCGAUGCCUACUUCAAGAAGGCUGCUUCCUCCAACAAGAAGGAAUUCUUGGAAGGUGAACAGGUAAUUAUCAAUAAGAAAAAACGGCAUUAUCCUUCAUGAUGAUGGGAGACGAUGUUGCAGCAAAAAAAAUCAAGGGAGUACAGCAUCUGACAUUAUUUUUUUGGGGGGUGGUUUAUAGAAGAAGGCUCCUCUUGCCGAAUCCAAGGUGGCUGAUCAGAAGGCUCUUGACAAGGAAAUCCUUGCUGCUAUCGCCAAGCAACCCCUCCUUGCUCAGUACUUGAAGACUUCCUUUGGCCUCAGCAAGGGUCAGUUCCCCCACAACAUGAAGUUCUAAGCGAACGAUACGCAUCAAUUGAUUGAAUAAAUGGGAAAAAGACAAAAUCCAGAACAAUGUUUUACUGUCGACCUCUUACUUUAUAUAUGGGAUAUGAUUUGCUGCAUACGUGUAUGGCAGUUGAAAGGGGAUACAAAGAUCGUUUUGUCAUGAAAUAAUGACCGCUUUAGGUGUCAUGAUAAACUAUUGAUGGUAUAGUGUGAACCGAGUCUGAUUACUGUUCAGUGGAUC